AUGAAAACUUCGAUUAAUCGAUUACUGUUAACUACCCUCGCUUCUCUCAUACUCUCAGCAAAUACGACUACUGGUAAGCAAACAUUAUUUUACUGCUUUUUGUUUACUGUAAUCCAGAAAUGAAGGAUAAGAAAGUAAUUUGGACAACUUUAGCACUAGAAAGAGUCCACGAGUAUCAAAGAUACGAUGGUUGGUACAAUAAUCUGGCCAAUCCCCAAUGGGGGACGAUAAACAGUAGACUGCACAGGGACGCGCCCAGUUCUUACGAAGACGGGGUCUAUAAACUUUGGGAAAAGGAUUUACCGUCAGCUAGAAAUAUUUCAAGUAAGUCACGUUUGUUGAAAAAAAACUUAUAGUAAAUAUCAGCCUGUCGGGAAAAUAAUGAGCACAAUGUCACUGUGCCAAUCGCGUCGCUGAAGUGAAGAGCAAUUUAAUUUUGCUGCGACACAACUGAUUUUCUCUGAUGCGACGUUGUGCUCAUUAUUUUCCCGACAGACUGACAUGUAUAAAUCAAAUUUAGAUCUCGUCUUCAAAGGGCCUGAUGGGAUCCCAAAUGCUAGGAAUCUCACGACAAUGAUGGCCUUCUUCAGUAAGUACCUGCUAAAUAAUAUUUCACUGUAAACCAAAUAUUUUUAGGUCAAGUAGUUGCGUAUGAGAUCAUGCAAUCAACCCAGAUCAGCUGUCCCUUGGAAAUGCAUAAGAUCCCCGUCCCAAAAUGCGAUACGGUCUUUGAUAGUCAUUGUAAAGGAGAAACCCAGAUCCCAUUUACUCGUGCCAAAUACGAUAAAACCACCGGUCAUGGACUUAAUUCGCCAAGAGAACAGGUAUGACAGUAUGACACAAGAAUAUAUUUUGCAUUAUUAUUGUUUAGGUUAAUGACAGAACCGCCUGGAUCGAUGCCUCUUUCCUCUACAGUACCCAGGAACCUUGGGUGGCAGCUCUUCGAUCAUAUGUGAACGGAACUCUCAAGGAGCACGAUGUUAUGAAAGGGUACCCCCCUUUCAACAACCCGCAUAUCCCUCUCAUCAAUCCCCCGCCACCUCAGAUUCAUCGAUUGAUGAGACCCGAGAGGCUAUUCAGUAAGUGCUUCUUAUUUUUAUGCUUCAUGUAUCUUAGUUCUGGGAGAUCCGAGAGUUAAUGAAAAUCCCGGAUUACUGAGUUUUGGACUGAUUUUGUUCCGUUGGCAUAAUAUCCAGGCUAAAGACCUCGCCGAGCAACAUGCUGAUUGGACAGAUGAAGAGUUGUUCCAAGGAGCCCGACGGAUGGUUAUCGCCACUUUACAAGUAAGGAUUUUCAACUUGUGCUAGCUAGUUAACCCAUUUUGCAAUAUUGGAUAUAAAUAUUGGUCUGAUGCCCGAUUCGCUCCAAAUGAGGGGUGGCCAGAAAUUAUCCUUGGUCAAGUUUUAUUAAAAUCUGAACGUCGCACUCGGGGUGCUUCCCUGUUAAUGUUGAAUCUUCAGAAAAUCAUAUACUACGAUUAUCUGCCCGCUUUACUGGGAGGAGAAUAUGGAAACCGAGCUGAUUACGAAUAUACGGGAUACAAGCCUUUUUUGCCCCCAGGGAUUUCCCAUUCCUUUGCCACCACCGCCUUCAGAUUUCCUCACACAAUUGUCCCACCUGGAAUGUUAUUUAGAAUCAAAUCAGAGAAGUGUAAAUUCAGGGAUGAAGUCGGAGGAUAUCCUGCCCUCAGGCUGUGCCAGAAUUGGUGGAACGCCCAGGACAUUGUGAGAGGAUAUACUGUGGAUGAAAUUGUCCUUGGAAUGGCUAGCCAAUUAGCCGAAGCCGAGGAUAAUAUUGUCGUGGAAGAUCUGAGGGGUGAGUUUUUGAAAUUGAUGACAAUUCAUAUUUUGUUUUAGAUUUUAUCUUUGGCCCAAUGCACUUCACUCGAUUAGAUGUGGUCUCUACUUCGAUAAUGAGAGCUCGGGAUAACGGAAUAUUACCUUAUAAUCGACUCAGAAAAGUGUACGGUCUUCCAGAGAGGACUUGGGAAACAAUUAAUGACAAGAUGUAUACGGAGAAGCCUGAAGUGAGUCCUUAAAAACACAUCAUUAUCCUGUUUAUAGAUGUUUGCGGCGCUGAAAAAUAUGUAUCAUGGCGACAUCAACAAAUUGGACGCGUAUGUGGGGGGAAUGUUGGAAACUGACGGAAAGGGACCCGGGGAAUUAUUCGCGGUCAUAAUCAAAGACCAGUUCAAAAGGCUCAGAGAUGGAGAUCGAUUCUGGUUCGAAAACGCUGAUAAUGGGUACGAAGAUUAAUCACAUACUUAGUAGAUUUGCUUUAGAAUAUUCACGAAGGAAGAAAUCGCAGCAAUUCACAAUAUAACCAUGAAAGAUAUCAUUGUAAAAACGACUGAAAUCCAAGAAAACUAUCUUCAAGAUGACGUUUUCUUUCAUACAGAGAAAGAUCCUUGUCCUCAGCCCUUUCAAGUGAACACCACUAAUCUCGAGAGAUGUGUUCCGUUCAUGAGAUUUGAUCAUUUCACUGGAAACGAGGUUACUUACAUCUACACUUGUAUUGCCUUAGGCUGUGUUCCGCUAAGUAAGUGCAACUAUCAGAGGCGCACGCCAGGGGAAGGGUAAUCCCAUCCCCAGAGUUGGGAAGGUGGGGGAAAACAUUACUGUUGGACCAAGAUAGUUUUUUGGCGGAUUUUGGGGAGUGGAAGCGAGCGCGUUGUGGUGUAGACUCCCACUCCCACCCUUGACCCCUUCCCAGACCAAAAUCGAUGCCUUUAACUACCAACCUUAAACUACGUCAUUUUAGUCUGUAUUGGAAUUGGAUAUCUUUAUAUCCAACGAAGAAGAAAGCUGGGUUUGUUGUAUGAACCUAGCCGAAGACAGUCCAAUCAGUUUAAUAAGGCCAUGGAAAAGAGUAGCACCUUUAACAAGGGAGCUGUCAAGGCGUCCAAUUAUUCAUUCCCGGUGAUCGAAUGGAUCAAUGAGACCUACUACCGAUCAGUUCUUCUAGUCAUCGAACCCAAAUCACCCAGUAUUAGUCUGGAAAAACCUCGAGGAGGAGUUUUGCGACGAGUUCCAUUAUUCGAUUCCCAAGUGAUCCUCAUGAAUAUUGGGACAAAAGCAUCGGGCUCAAUCAGUGGACCGUUUGUGGCCAUAUCUGUGAGGAAACAUAACGACAUCGUGGUCAGGUUCAGAAAAGUGGAAGAUUUUGAUCAAUUCCAUAGAUCUUUCUCAUCUGUCUUGGCCACUAACAGAAUCACUUUACAUGGUCAUCAAGUGGAGACUGAUGUUCUUCUAGAGGCAGCAGAGACAAAAGAAAAACGACAGCACAAACUUGAUUUCUUCUUCAGGGAAGCCUAUUCCAAAGCAUUCAAUGUGCCGAAAUUAAGAAGCAAAGAUCAUGAAUAUGAUGCCAUGACUACGGAUGAAGUUCUGGAGAUGAAAUUAAGUAAAGCCGAGUUCGCCGAAGCCUUGGGAAUGAAGGAGAACGAUAUGUUUGUGGAGAGAAUGUAUGCCUGUAUGAAGAAGGACAGUGGAGACGACUCAGAUGACGUCACUUUCCAACAAAUGCUCGAAGUUCUCAGAAAGUUCAGUAGUGAUGACUUGAAAGAGAAAUUGAAGUUGGUGUUUAAUAUGUGCGACACAAAUCAAGAUGGAAAGGUACAGGCCCAUGAAUUCGCUGACUUCGUCAUGUCACUUAACGUUGCUGCUGGAGUCAAGAUUGAUGAAGAAGAGCAGGAAAGAGUUAUCAGUUCCGUCCUUCAUCGUGCCGGAAUUGAAGAUCGAAAAUUCUUAACGGAAAAGGACUUUGAAGCCAUCUUCAGUCAAACGGAUGAUCAGCGAAGACCCUUGGGAAUGCACUUGAGAGGAAGACAUCUUAAGGUUAAGUGUGAUGAGUAAGUAAAGUGUGUACAAAGGCAACUUCUUCAGAACCGAGAGUCUUAACAGUUUCGCAGUGACCCCAGAAGGAGACAAUGGAGCCAAUCUGGGUUGGUUUUCGUGGCUUUCUUCGUAUUUGGAAUCCAAUCGUCAGCACGUUGUGAUCUUGUUCAUCUUCUUCGCGAUUAAUGCCAUUCUUUUUACUGAAAGAUUCUGGCGUAAGUAAUGCAACUUUUGUAGUGUAAUUAAAACCAUUUUCAGACUAUAGAUACGAAACCGAACAUCGAGAUCUUCGACGUGUCAUGGGAGUUGGAAUCGCGAUUACAAGAGGCGCUGCAGCUGCGUUAUCGUUUGAUAUGGCGAUAGUUCUACUGACUGUCUGCAGAAAUGUGUUAACCAUAAUCCGAGAGACUCCUCUGGGCGAAUAUCUUCCUCUGGAUUCCGCAAUUACCUUCCACAAAAUCGUUGCCAUCAGUGCUGGGGUUUUUUCAGCGAUUCACACAGUUGGUCAUUGCAUUAAUUUCUACCAUGUGGCCACACAGAGUCAAGAAGGAUUGGCCUGUUUGUUCCAGGAAGCCGUUUUUGGAUCCAAUUUUCUUCCUUCGAUCAGUUAUUGGUUCUUUGGGACUUUGACUGGCAUUACUGGAAUAUUACUAGUGGCCAUUAUGUGCGUCAUCUAUGUGUUUGCAAUGCCCGCUGUCCUGAAGAGAGCUUAUCAUGCAUUCAGGUUAACCCAUUUGCUCAACAUCUUGCUCUAUGCUCUUACAAUUCUCCAUGGAUUACCCCGGCUGCUGGAUGUGAGACUAUUUAUGUAUGUAAAGUAUUCUUGUUUUUAGUCUCCCAAAUUUUGGUAUUAUGUUAUCGGCCCAAUAAUAAUCUUCAUAAUUGACAAGAUAAUUGGAAUGAGACAGCAAUACAAGCAACUGCAGAUCUUGUAUGCUGAUAUCUAUCCAUCUGGUGAGUUAUAUUUUUGUUUUUAUUGUCAUCAUUAAACUAAUUGCCCUACGGUUUUUAUUUAGAUAUCAUCUAUAUCAAAUUCCAUCGUCCCCAUUCCUUCAAAUUCCGUUCUGGCCAAUGGGUUCGUGUUUCGUGUCCCAAUUUCAGUUGUUCCUUUAACACAAAUCACGCCUUCUCCAUUGCCUCGGCCCCUCAAUCCAAAUUUGUUGAACUCUACAUCAAAGCUGUCGGUCCUUGGACUUGGCAAUUAAGGAAUGAGAUCAGUGAAUGUCUUACGACUGGAGACACCAACUACCCAGCCAUCAAUUUGAAUGGUCCCUUUGGAGAUGGUAACCAAGAAUGGCACAACUACGAUGUAUGUGUGAUGGUUGGUGGAGGUAUUGGAGUCACUCCAUAUGCAUCAACCUUGAUGGAUCUGGUGAUGGAGACUUCGGCGGAUAAACAUUGUAAUAUCAGAUGCAAGAAGGUUUAUUUCCUUUGGAUCUGUCCCACCCAUAAGAACUUUGAAUGGUUUGUGGAUGUUCUGAAGGAAGUGGAGAGUCUCGACCGGAAUAAUCUUCUUGAAAUUCAUGUGUUCGUCACUCAAUUCUUCCACAAAUUUGAUCUUAGAACGACCAUGCUGGUAAGGGUAGUAUCAGUGAUGAUAAUGAUUUUGUUUCAGUAUAUUUGUGAGAAACAUUUCCGAGGAAAUAACCGAGGAAAGAGUAUGUUCACUGGUCUCAGCGCCACAAAUCAUUUCGGAAGGCCCAACUUUGAUGCCUUCUUUACAUUCCUUCAGAAGAGACAUCAAGAGGUAACUUUAUCAAAUACUUAUUAAAUAAUUUUCUGUUGGAAUGUAAGACAAAAAACAUUUUUUUAGGUGAAUGACAUUGGCGUGUUCAGUUGUGGCCCCAACUCGAUUAACAAGCAGAUCAGAAAUGCUUGUCAAGACGCGAAUCGAGUCAGGAAUGCGCCUUCUUUCGUCCAUCGAUUCGAAACUUUCUAG